AUGCUCAUUCAAACUGUAUAUAUUUUCUUAAUUACUGCAUAUUUGGGUGGAUGUGAAGUUGACACUAAUAAAAUUAUCAGUGAAUUGGAGAAUGAUAAUGCAGUGGAGAAUUAUACAGCAAUAAUGCAAAGGAUUGCACCAUUCAUUGAAACAAUGCAAAUUAAAGUUCAUACUAAUGAAGAAAUUUUGAAUGAAUUAAAUAAUUUACAUCAAAAAUAUCCGCAUAUAACGUAUUUAUACGAGAUCGGCAAAUCUGUACAAGGCAGAUCACUGACUGUAUUAACUAUUGGGAAAUUCCCAAUGAAACAUACCCCAGGAAUACCGGAAUUUAAAUAUGUUGCUAAUAUUCAUGGUAAUGAGAUAUCAGGUAGAGAAUUAUUGCUUUGCUUGGCAGAUGUUCUGGUCGUAAAUUAUGGGAAAAACGAAAUGCUCACAAGACUGGUAAAUAGGACACGAAUUCAUCUCUUGCCAACAAUGAAUCCGGAUGGAUUUACGGAAGCUAUUCCUGGAACUUAUGGUUGGCUUCAGGGUCGAACAAAUGCUGCUGAUAUUGACCUGAAUCGAGAUUUUCCACAACGGUUAAAUCCAACAAUGAUCCGAAAUGUUCAACCGGAAACUCGUGCUAUUAUACAAUGGACAAAAGCAAUACCGUUUGUAUUAUCAGCAAAUUUACAUGAUGGCUCAAUGGUGGUUAAUUUCCCUUAUGAUGAUGGGAAGAUCGAAGAUAUCGAAGCAAAGACUGGUGAUCAUGAACUUUUUGUGGUACUUUCUUAUUUAUAUGCUCGAGCACAUAAGUAUAUGUGGAAGAAGGGACCAAGAUGUAUAAAUCAGCAUGAUGAUGAUGAUCUCAAUGAAGGAAUCACAAAUGGUAAUAAAUGGUAUCGCGUUUCAGGUGGAAUGCAAGAUUGGAAUUAUGUAUUUGCAAAUUGCUUUGAAUUAACAAUUGAAAUGAGUUGCGUGAAGUAUUCAACUGAUGAUCAAUUAAAGCAAAUAUGGAAUGAGCAUAAAUUUGCCUUAAUUUCUUUUAUUGAAAAGAUUCAUAAUACGAUUUCUGGCUUUGUAUUGGAUGAAAUAACUGGAAUCGGAAUACCGGAUGUUCAAAUUUCGAUCAACAAUGUCGGCAAAACUGUAUUAAGUAGUACUGAUGGUGACUAUUGGCGUUUAAUAAUACCCGGCGAAAUGAAAAUUGUUGGUGGUAAAAAUUAA